GGUUUGGUCACAAGAUGGCGCCAUUACUCUACCCUUUCAAGUCAUUAGUCCUUUGAGAAAAACUACUUUAUUUAUUCAAUUGUGUGCAACGACACGUAAUUGUUUUUUUGUACUAUAUUAUCUUUCAGUGAUAUUUAAAGUGACAACUGAUUAUGUAAUCCACAUUAAAUCUGACAACUAUAUCUGAAUCUUGAUCUAUGAUAUAUAACUACAUUUUAAACUUAUCUUUCUGUCGCUGAUAAAAAUGUUACGUUUCAACUAGGCUAAUCUAGAAUUGUUCAUUAGCAUGGAUAAAGGAAGUAGCUAUGGUUACAUUUACAUGGUUACACUGUUGACGCAGCAUCCUUAAAGUUUCGUUUAUCCUUAAUCGGAGCAAUAAGUGGAAAGUGAAACUUAACUGGUUAUUGCAAUAAUAGGUAACCUAACUAAACCCUAUAAAACCAUGAACACUGUUUCGAUGAUCACCAGAGGAGCUCACAGAUUUGUAGAAGGUCCACUAGAAAAGAAGUGGUCAGUCAGAUAUGCUGUAAACAAAGUACAGAUCCAAAGGAAACUGAGAAAGAAAAACUGUCAGAGUAUAAACAUUUGCAUCUGUUUUGUGUUUUAAACAAUAAGAAAAUGUCUGAGGACAAUCUUAAACUGUUGUCCUGCCACUUUACUUGGGGCUUGCUAAAGGAGGAUGCUGAUCUUAACUUUCUCGAAGUGAAGGUUCGUGAAAAACUUGCUGUAAAAUGCGAGUACGGAGAAAACCUGAAACAAAGAGAAUUGAAUUUUUUGGCCUUCAUUAAACAUUUGCAAGGUUUUAACGACGAGGCGCUUAAGAACCUGACACUAGCAAAGGAGGAACAUCCGAACGAUGACAAGAAUGCGAUUGUGAUGUAUGGAAACCUGGCCUGGGUGCACAGUCACAUGAGCAAUGCGACUGAGGCUGAGAAAAACAUAGAGAAAGUAAAUGAAAUCCUCAAGGCUUUCCCCACCUCAUCUCCGACAGAGCUUCACAGAGAAGUUCUGAGCGAAAAAGCCUGGUCGCUUCUCAAGUUUUCUAAGAAGUCCUACGUCAGGGCCAAGGAGAGUUUCCUUGAAGCUCUACAGAAAGAGCCGGAUGAUAAGGAAUGGAACACAGGCUUUGCCUUUUCUCUGUUCCGUCUGGAGGGACUGAAGAUUGGUCAGUACAAGCGGGUACGUUAUGAAGAGUCUCCAGCUGUGCUCCAGUUAAAGAAAGCUCUGAAACUGGACCCAAACAAUGCAAUGAUUCAAGUGUAUCUGGGGCUCAAGUGCUACAAGAAUGAAAGGAACGCAGAGGCAUGGCAGUACAUGACACAAGCACUCAAAAUGGCUCCGGAUAACCUCAGCGUUGUUUUGCAUGUUGCAAAGUUCAUGAAGAAAGAGCAGCGUUAUGACACGGCCCUGGAAGUGUUGCUGAAAAUGCUGAAGAAAGCGCCAGACUCGUCGCGCUUACAUCACGAGAUUGCCAACAAUUACCGCUGGAAAGCCAUGCAGAUUGAUGACAUACACAAUCCGGAGUUGCUGGGCCUUUGUGUCCACCAUUUAGAGAAGGGCGCCAGUUUAAACCCAAGUCACAUAUACCCACAGCUGGAGUUAGCGCUGAGGUAUUCAGAGCUAAAGCAGACGGCUAAAGCGGAGCAGAAGUUCACUGAGCUCUUUGCCGUUUCUGACCUAAAGCCAGCUGACCGUCAAGCCUGGCAUCGCAUGUAUGGGGAUUUCAAACUGUACAGGCUGGGCUUGGAGAGAGCUGCGGUUGAGCAUUACAAACAAGGCAUGAUGCUGGGGCGAGUGUCCACCGAAUGGGUCUCCUGCAGAAACAGACUGAGAAAAAUCCUUCAGCGUGACAGACGGGACACAUAUGAGAUCCGGAAUUUGUUUGCGUCCUUUAAAACAGAGAGCACAGAUUAUUGAGAAAGAGAGAGGACAAGUUCCACUCAUGUAAUGACCUGAACACUAAUUUCACUUUGUCCUUGCUUUUUUGUCCACUGUACAUCUUUAGUGACCUGUGGACAUUUGUGUGAGUUAAUUUAGUACGUAUAACAUUGUACUAAAAUCUAUAACAAAUGUUUUCUUCCUGAAGAGCAAUAAAUAUACGCUUUCUUUCAUUUUUAACCUAAAAAAAAUGUGUUUAUUGUCAUAAGUUUUUUUUUGUUGUUGUUUAAGAAUUUUUAAAUAUUAAAGGCACAAUAUGUCAAUUUUCACCACUAGAGGUCGCUUAUUCAGAACAAAGGCGUAGCCUGAUGACACCUUGAUUUCGUGGAAUAACGGUAGGUGUUGUCUUCACCUCACAGCCGGUGGAAAAGAAUCGGGACUCGGGCAGAAAUCAUGUUCAUGGAUGAGAUUAUUAAUGUUACUGUAGUAAGAAGCAGAGCAGGGUCGAGUAAUGUGUGAGCAGAAACGAGGCCGCUGGAGCGAUUGCACGUCUCGAGAGCAGUGGAGCUUUUAUUAUGCCACAAUUGCGCUUCCGCUUCUUCCGGUCAACCGUAUGUUGGCUAAAGCAGCGCUGUUUUGUGUUGAAAGUUGUUAUAGUGCUACUCUGUGUUCGCUCGGCUGCUACUAUGAGACACUUGUUGCACACUGCAGUAAACUAGAUAUUAGUCAUGGUAAAACAGGGAACUCGCGGUAAAUCCAAGAAAAUGAGAUUUAAACAAUAAAAUUUUCUCUUGAAGAAUGUAUCCUGUCUAAUAAAACAAUUAAGGCGUCUUUGGUGUUUCCAUGGUUUCUA